AUGUGUCCAAAGUGAAAGUAAAAGAAGAAAACUGUUUAGGUGUAAAAAGCGCUGACGCACCGACGCUGUGUUUAGAGCUGAGAGUAAACGCUUAAAAGCGGUGGAUAGGAAAGUAAUUUUUUUACUCUACUCGGACUCUCAGAGCUCUGCUAUUGCUAUAUUUAUCAUAUAGUGCAGGUGAAAGAUGCUGAACAGCUCGACACAGUGGCAAACACCGACAGGAGGAUUCUCUUUUGAGAACACGCGCAGAAAUGCUGUUCUGGAGGCAAACUUAUCAGAGAAAGGUUACAGUGCACCAAAAGCCAGGAAGACGGGUACCACCAUCGCUGGCUUGAUAUUCAAGGAUGGAGUGAUUUUAGGAGCAGACACCAGAGCUACAGAUGAUAUGGUUGUGGCUGAUAAAAACUGUAUGAAGAUCCACUACAUAGCCCCCAAAAUCUACUGUUGUGGUGCAGGUGUUGCAGCUGAUGCUGAAGUCACCACUCAGAUGAUGUCAUCAAACGUGGAGCUGCAUUCACUCAGUACUGGACGACCUCCUCUCGUCGUCACGGUGACCAGACAGCUCAAACAGAUGCUGUUUAGGUAUCAGGGGCACAUCGGUUCCUCUCUGAUCGUGGGCGGUGUGGAUGUUGACGGGCCACAGCUCUACAGUGUCUACCCUCAUGGCUCUUAUGAUAAACUUCCUUUCCUUACCAUGGGGUCUGGUGCAGCUGCUGCCAUUUCUGUGUUUGAAGAUCGUUACAAGCCAAAUAUGGCGCUGGAGGAUGGUAAGCAGCUGGUACGAGAUGCCAUCGCUGCGGGGAUCUUCUGUGAUCUGGGAUCGGGCAGUAACGUAGAUCUGUGUGUGAUCACUGAGAAAGGAGUGGAUUAUCUGAGGGGUUAUGACCAGCCUGCUCAGAAAGGACAGAGGGAGGGCUCAUACAGAUACAAGCCGGGCACUACUGCUGUACUCACUAAAACAGUGACUCCAUUAACACUGGAUGUUGUGGAAGAAUCUGUUCAAGUGAUGGACACUGAAUGAGACCAUCAACAACAUCAGUGCACUUUCUUCAUCUGCCUUUACCAGGGAGAGAUACAGUGUGUGGUUUCAUAUGUAUUUGAUGAAAUUUGAAUAACAAAAAUAAAAAGAAACUGUUA